AUGUUCACAAUUGACAUUGAUCCAUACAAGGUCAUUAUUAUAACAUUCAUAAUAUUAUUUAUCCAAAAAUUGAUAACAAACAUAGGUCAAAAGACAAUUGAAUCCCAUAUAUCAAAUUUUUAUUUUACCAAAAUAUCAUCAAAUAAUUCAUUUAAAGAAUAUAAUUUAAAACAACAAGAAUUAACAAAAUUAAUUAAACAACAAAAAUCAAUAAGUGCACAAGAUGAAUAUGCCAAAUGGACUAAGAUUAAUAGAUCAAUUGAUAAAUUAAAACAAGAAUUAGUAAAAUUAAAUGAAAUUAAUUCAGAAUCAAAAGCAUCAAUAGUUAAUAUUGUUAAAUUAUCAAUAACUGUAAUAACUACAUUACCAAUAUGGUUCUUGAGAAUAUUUUGUAGAAAUAAUCAAUUAUUCUAUUUAAGAAUUGGAAUUUUACCAAAUUAUUUAGAAUGGGUGUUAGCUUUACCCUUUUUCAAAACUGGUAUUAUUGGAUUAACUUGUUGGAUGUUUUGUGUUAAUUAUGUAUUAGAUAAUUUAAUCUUCUUAAUUAAAUUUCCAUUUGAACCAACAGUUGCCAAACCUGUUGAACCUGUCAAAGUUGAUGUAAAAAAGAAAGUAGAAGAAAUCAAAUAA